CCUCUGACGUAGAGAGUGGAAGGUAGAAUAUCCAAUACCCAUCCAUCUCGUUUCAGCAGACUGAACUGAGUUCAGUGUUUUGCAUGUUUCCAGGCCGGUAGUCGGUUUAUCCGGGUAAAAACGGGUAUAGAACUGUAUCUUGGGGUAUUCAAAAUAUUCCCCCAUCUGCAUGUUAUUGAACGAGUUUCUAUAUUUGUUCAGUAAAAAUCGCUGUUCCUAUUUUAAUUUGUGUUAGCAUUAACUCGUUCGACCUAAAGUGAUUCUCGAGUCUUCCAAUUACCACAUCGUUAUGGUGUUGUGCGUGACUUGGGAUGUGUGAGAGACCAGACUUACGGCUAUUAUUGGCACUGUGAGCGCGCUACAGAUAAGUAUGUUUUUGUCUGCAUCAUCGGAAGUAUCGAAAGCAUCACAAGCGGCCAUCGAUAGGUUUUCAUGACAGUGCGGAUCCACACUAAGGGCAAAUCGAGAAAAAGGGCUAGGAAAAAGUUGCUGGCAAGAAAGAAAUGCCCGAGAAGCAAACCAGGGCCCCACUGGUGUUCAUAUCCGAAGUAGCGCCCAGUACGGAGAGUCUCAAUGGAGACGCCUUUGACUUUGAGGCUAAUAGAUUACCGAACUUUCCAGACUCCCCAUCAGACCUCCACAUCAACCGCAAAUUCCACCGGAAAGAAUCGAUCCUCUCCUCUGACAUCAGCCUUUAUGUGGAGAAAACUCAGCAGAAGAUUCCUGAUGGAGGCUGGGGCUGGCUGGUGGUCAUAGCCUGCUUUGUAAUCAACAUGAUCUCGGAUGGAGUCAGCUUUACGUUUGGGCUACUAUACGUUGAGUUUCUAAACGAGUUUAAGAGUUCCAAAUCGGCUACCUCGUGGAUUGGGAGUUUGUUUAUGGCUCUUCCACUUAUUGCUGGGCCCUUGGGCAGUGCACUAGUGGACAAAUACGGAUGCAGAUCGAUGACAAUAGCCGGAGGUCUAGUGUGCACCAUAGGUCUAAUACUCAGUUCCUAUGCCCAAACGAUAGGCAUAAUGUACCUAACGUUCGGCGUGAUAGGAGGUACAGGAAUGUGCCUAUGCCUUGUCACGGCUGUUGUCUCGAUAGCCUUUUGGUUCAAAGAGAAGAGAACAAUUGCCUUAGGGCUUGCAGCAAGUGGUACUGGAUUCGGUACUGCCGUAUUUUCUCCACUAGCCACAUGGUUGCUGUAUGAGUAUAGAUGGAGAGGUACUCUGCUCAUCACUGCAGGUAUAUUCUUCAACAUGUGCCUGUGUGGAGUCCUGAUGAGAGAUCCCGAUUGGAUUAAGGAGGAAGAGGAAAAAGAACGAAAAUUGAAAAAGAAGGAAUCCAUGACCUCCUUAGCAUCCGAAAAGAUCGAGGAGUUGAAGACUACUUUACAAGAAGGUGGCGAUGCUCAGUACUUAUUAGAAAAUGUAGAUACCUGCAUGGAUUUGUCAGAAAAAAGUAGAUUCACAUCUGUUAUAAACCUGCCCACAUUUCUAAAAGAAAAUGAAACGGUUCCCUUGGAGUCAUUAAAAUUGCUUAGUGAGAAUAAAUCGCUAUACAAUGUGAUCCUAGAGAAUUAUCCUAACUUAUUAGUAUAUAAAAGUAACUCUGAUAAAGAUCUGGAUAGGCUGCCACCCGAACACGUGGCACCAUCUAGAAUUCCUCUGAAAUUUUCCAUGAAAGUGAAAAAGACCGAAGAAGCAAAGACCGUUAAUAUAGAAGAUUCGAACACUGAUACGGUCAAAAAGAGUAAAGUUCCGCUAUUCAGAAGCAUUUCUUGCAGAGCCAAAAAUCAACCAACUAUCCCACACAGAUAUUUCAAGAAUAUCCGAUUCAGGAGGAACUCUAUAGGAUAUAGAGGCGCAAUGUUGAAUAUUCACAAGUACAAAGUGAAAGCCUCUAGCUGUCCAGAUUUAUUCAAGAACUCAAUCGCAUCUUUUGGUAGCAAGGAUGAUGAGACAUGGUAUGAAGAGUUCAUCGAUAUCCUGAAGGACCUCACAAAUUUUUCACUAUUUUUAGAUCUACAUUUUUUCUUACUAUCCUUUUCUACAAUUAUACUGUUCGUAUGGUUUGUUGUGCCUUACUUCUACUUAGCAGAUCACAUGGUGAAGUCAGGAUAUACUGAAUCCGAAGCAUCGUUUGCCAUUUCUUUGAUCGGGAUCACAAACACUGUGGGCAUGGUACUUCUAGGAUGGGCAGGUGACAGAAUAAACGUAGCAAAAACGUACGCGGUCUGUCUGAUUCUAUGUGGUGUAAGCGUGGGUGCCAUUUUGUUUUUCACCUUCAACUACUACAUGCUGCUAAUCAGUAGCGGCUGCUUCGGUAUCUUCUUCGCCAGCUGUCUAACGUUGACACCCUCUUUGUUAGCCGAACUUGUGCCUAUGGAUGAUUUCACCAUGGGUUAUGGAUUGGUAUUGCUGUGUCAAGGCAUAGGGAAUCUCACUGGACCACCUCUAGCUGGCUACCAAUUAAUUCGUAUUUAUGAUGCGAACUACCUUAAACUCAGCCUGAAAUCAUCAAGAACCCAGAAGAAUAGCAGUUUUAUCUCUCUGCAAGUCCAUCCCUUUUUGUACUUGAUGAUCGACAACGGGAUACCCCACCACUCAAACAUCAAACUAUCAUUACAGCUCUUCUCGAAAGAUCCAAAAAGAAGACUACAAGGCUGGUCUAAACGGUGGAUGCAGACUAACAAGAAGUAUAUUCUAGAUUUGAUACCUGUCAAUUGAACAUUUCAAAAAGCUUAGCUCAAUUUUAUUUUAUUGUUUGGUUUGCUCUCAAAGAAGACUGAGAAAGACAGAUCAAAUUCACACGUUGGAUGCAGAGUUUGAAGAAUAUUUCUGUUUACCAUUUACAACUAAAAGAAGACGUACAGAACCAAUUCAAGUCAUAUAGCAUAUUGCCAUUCUUAGGAGAUUCCGCGUUGGUCGAUUUAGAUAAGGUUUCUAGAAGGUUUUGUUUGUUUUUAUGAUGGAGGAAGAUAAGACAACAAAGAAAGCACCCAUUGUGACUUUGGCGGCUGUGGCUCCAUCUUUAGACUCCAGCCCCAUGAUUACGCCGAAAAAAGAUGAGACGAUCGUUGCUGUGGAGAAGAACGGAGUAAAAUUCAACACUUCGCCUACUGGUAGCUCUUCUAGUUCAGGGUCAUCCAGUUCUGAUGACGAUGGCCCAGACGUACCCGAAGGAGGCUGGGGUUGGGUUGUAGUUUUUGCCUCAUUUGUCUUGUCUAUGAUAGCAGAUGGAAUUAGUUUUUCGUUUGGUUUGCUUUACGUUAAGUUCUUAGAAGAAUUCAAAGCAUCCAGUUCAGUAACAUCAUGGAUUGGUAGUCUCUUCAUGGCGGUACCACUUCUCUCCGGUCCUAUUAUGAGUGCUUUAGUUGACAAGUACGGCUGCAGGUCCAUGACAGUAAUAGGUGGUCUAGUAUCUGCCUUAGGAUUCGUAAUCAGUUCAAAAGUCAAUACCAUAGGAUUGAUGUACCUGACAUUCGGUACAUUAGCUGGUCUAGGCCUUGGUCUGGUGUACGUAACAGCCGUUGUCUCAAUUGCCUUUUGGUUUGAUAAAAAAAGAACCCUAGCGGUGGGCCUGAGUGCCUCAGGAACUGGCAUAGGAACAUUCGUUUUCUCACCUUUAACGAACAUGCUACUCUACGAGUAUGGAUGGAGGGGCACCACACUCAUUUUGGGUGGGUUGUUCUUACAUAUGUGCAUCUGUGGAGUACUGAUGAAAGACCCUGAUUGGAUUAUCGAACAAAAUAAGCAAAAUGCAAAAUUAUCAAAAUCAAGUAAAUCCAGUAAGACUAGCUUAGUAUCACUAUCAUCCAACGCAGCCACAUCCAUCGAUAUAAACGAACUUAGAGACUUAUUAAAAAGUGGAAAAGAUGCCGAGUUCCUCUUACAGAACUUAGAAACGUCAAUGGAACAUGCGGGCACGGACAAACAGAGGAACGUACAUAAUUCAUUACUCAACUUGCCGACGUUUAUCAAACAAAACGAAAAGGUGCCUAUAGAAGUUUUAGAACAAUUGAGCGCAAACAAAAAAUUGUACAAUGUGAUCUUAGAAAAUUAUCCUAGUCUCCUGUUAUGUCGUAGCACUUCCGACAAAGGUCUUAAUAGAUUAGCGGAAGAUGCUGCUUCGAUAGAAAGAGUGCCUGUUACAGUUUGCAUGAAAUUGAAACGAGACGAGAAAGACAAACACAUGGUGCAUCAAAGUUCACUGCCAGAGCAAGAAACAGUCGCACAUCAACAAGAACCCUUACUAGCCGACAAAAAGCCAAAAACAGGCGGUCCUAUCCCUCGUAACGCAUCUUUUCCAUGGUUGAAACACCAACUGAUGCAAGCACAGAGACCACAUUAUUUCAAAAACCUGAAACUGCACAGGCAGUCUCUGAUACAUCGGAAUGCUAUUUUCAAUCAAAAUAAAUACAGAUUCAAAGCUUCCAGUUGUCCGAAUAUAUUCAGGGUGUCGGUGUUGUCAUUACCUAAAGAUGAAGAUGAGAAAUGGUACACCGAACUGCUUGACUUGGUGGAGGGAAUGUUCGAUUUUACGUUAUUCUUAGAACUACACUUUUUCUUGCUGUCGCUAUCCACCAUAAUACUUUUUAUUUGGUUUAUAGUGCCGUACUUUUAUUUGGCCGAUCAUAUGCCAAAAUAUGGAUAUAGCGAAGAGGAUGCUUCUCUUACUAUUGCCAACAUUGGCAUUACUAACACCAUCGGCAUGAUCGCCUUAGGUUGGGCUGGGGACCAACCGUGGAUGAACAUGACAAAAACCUACGCCAUAUGUCUGAUUCUAUGCGGAAUAUCAUGCGCAGGUAUAAUGUUUUUCACGACCAACUAUAUCAUGAUGGAAAUAUGUGCAGGCUUUUUUGGAUUAUUUCUGUCCAGUUCGUUUUCUUUCACACCUGGCAUUAUAGUAGAAUUGGUCCCGCUGGAUAGAUUCACAGUGGCUUACGGUUUGCAGCUGCUUUGUAUGGGCAUUGGGAUACUGAUUGGACCACCUUAUGCAGGUCAUCUAUACGAUGUCACAAAAACUUGGGAACAACCAUUUUACCAGGCAGCACUGUGGAUGGUGAUAUCAGGCUUAUUAAUUAUUUUGAUACCUUCUACUAAAAAUAGGAAAAUCCUUGGCAAGGGACCGGUAGAAAAAGAAAUUGAAGGAUGCAAAGAUAACAUUAUCUUUUCUAUAAUCCUCAUUGUCCUCUUGUUGGUACUUACAGGGAUUGUUUUGUACUUCACAAUAGACUGUCUCCUGAGAUCUUUUUAAACAGUAUUUAUAUUAUUGUGAAUUUUUUGUAUAGUACAGGAAGCGUGUAUUUUAUUAUAUUUCAUUUCUAUCACGAAUAUACAAAAGGAAAUAGU